AUGAACGAUUCCGAAUCAGCCCCGUUCACUAUAGAAACUCUGUCGAAUUUCGACAUGAAAAUUAUAAAAGGAGUGCCUUGGGCAGAGGACAUGUACAAAGUUGUAGAAGGGAACAUAAGAAAGAUUUUUCUCAAUUGGAUAGACGUAGUUUUGACCCUAAGCAAGAAUGAAGAAGAUAUCAAUGAAUGGAAGAAUAUAUUUAUAGACAAUAUAUCAGAAGCUGGCUGUGAGAUGGUAAAAGACAUUCAAGUCAUACACGCGAAGGUAGUCAUAAGCAUUGAAAAUUCCUUUGACAAAAUUGAAGGUUUAGCUAAAUCACUAAACACAGAGCUGCCUAAAUUAAGCCUUGAAGAAACGGGCUUGUAUCCAAAGUCAUUGGAGUUGAAACAGCACAUUCGCCAAUUGGAGAAACAAUUGGAAGAAAAACAAAAUGAGCUAAACAAAUUACUUCGGAAACACACGUCUCUUUGCCAAGCCCUGGGAAAAGAUCCGAAUAACGUUCAAGAGCCCGCUUUGCUGGUUGAUAAAAUUGUAUUCUACGAAAAAAUCAUCGAUGAGCUGGAACAGGAGCGAUUUCAACUCAAUGAGAAGUUUUUUAUUUGGUCUGAUGAAAUCAUAGCCAUGGCCCAAGAACUGCAAUAUGAACCCAAAACGAGCUUUGAAACUAGCAUCAUUAAACGCCAAGAUCAACAGGUCACAUUGACUGAAGUCAAUAUGAAAGCGCUGGAAAAAUUUUAUUACAAAAUGAAAACGGAAUAUAAAAAUUUCACAGAAGAAAUUUGCGAUCUGCGAAACAAAAUCGAAAAUUUGUGGGAUUUGUUGGAAGUUGAAUUUAUCUAUAGGGAGGAAAUUAGGCAAAAAUCAAAAGGCAAUUCCAUAAAAACCUUGCAAGUGUUGAGAAAAGAAAAUGGGAGGUGCAAAGAAUUGAAAAUGGCUAACUUGAAGAAAUUUAUCCAUCAAGCCAGAGAAAAAAUCGUAGCUCUUUGGGAGGAAUGCCAGUGCAGUCAAAAUGAUAAGGAUGCAUUCGAGUGGUUCCAUUCCGAUCAUUACAAUGAAGAUUUACUGCAAUUGCACGAGUUAUGCUUGGACAAAUGGCAAGCAUAUGCAGAAGAAAACAAAGAAAUAUUAUCGUUACUUAAUAAACACCGACAAUAUUGGAAGAAACUAGUUGAACUAGAGGAGCCGACCAAUCCUCGUGACAGGUUCAAUAACCGCGGUGGUAAAUUAUUAUUGGAGGAAAAGGAACGAAAAAAAUUGAAAUCUCUUAUUCCGAAAGUUGAAGAAAAUCUAUUAGAUCUUGCGAGGAAAUAUGAAUCUCUCAAAAAUAGAGAAUUUUAUACGUAUGGUGAAACUGUUGAAGAGUACAUACAUAAUCUGCAUGCUGAAAAAGAAAAUAUCAAGAAAGAAAAAUGUACUGCAAGGAAAGCACAGAGAAAUACUCCAGGUUUUCCGAGUACCAGCAAAGCAGGAUCAACUAUGGGAAGCAUGAUGUGUCCAAAAACGACACCCAGAAAACGACUGUUCCAGUCGAAAAACGGCAGUGUUGCUAAAAAAAUGAAGCACGAAGAAUAUGCAAGUACAGAUAGUAAAGUGAUGAACACUAGGAAACGUUUGUCAAUGGAACGAAAGAAAAGAUUAAAUAAGAUACGCAAAAGCAUUCGUCACAUUAACGUAUCCUCAGAUGCUACAUUUGUUACCUUUCGGAACGAUUUGAACAGCAGAGAAGAUAUUCGAAGUACAUUGGUUACAUCAGACCAACUCGAAUAG